GAAUAUAGUACACGUUACGCACUCAAAGGUGAAUCAUCCCUGCUAGUCGUUAGACAAGGAUUUAGGAAAUUCUCAACCGCCCAUCAUCCCAUCAUGAAGAUGGGCCGCUUAACUCUUAUUUGCUGAUAACCAUUUCCCACUAAACACUGACUUGAAUAGAUUGAAGUUUUAAGUUCAUACUGGUUGUUUAAUCCAUCGUAAGCUAAAAAUGUGUGCUGUUUUCUAAUUAAGAGGCUAAAUGGUGGAUGCUGAAUAUAGACCUUCGUGAUUGUGUGGUCCCUAAGUUAAAAUAUUGUCAUUUCUCAAUGCGUCGAUGUUAUCCCAUCUCUUCAUGUGCAAGAAUCAGGAAUUAGGUGGAAUUGACAUAUGUAAUAACCCGUGCAUGAGUGCGAUAGCUCUUGAUUGUUCUUAAACACAGAAAGCAUAAUUAACGUCUCUUCCACCCAAGUCGUUGUUGAGAGAAUGUAAUCAUUCACUUUUCGCGUCGUCCUAGUGUGGAUUAAGCAGAGUUAAGCUCACAAAUUUUGGCAAAUUCCUUCCACUAAACAAAGUAAUCAGCGUCAACAACUCAACGAGUCGAUCGAGACUAAAUUGGAUUCGAGGAGACAACAAUUAUCAGUGCUGUGUUUUGUCUAUUCGUUAUUAUAUUAUAACUGCAAUUGCGUGAAUAAUUCUGAAAUGACAUGAGCUGUGGAAGGAAUUUUCGCAUGAUUGUCUCCAAUUUGAACUAGAUGCGACCAUCUUGUAUUCCAAUUUUAUUAAUCAGUUUUAAAAUUAAUUUGAGAAUUAAUUUCCAUUAAUCGGAUUACUUGUACGUCUACCUAACGUGAAUGAAUAGACAUAUAUUGCACUGUUCUGACAAUAUCAUUUCACGUGUGUUCAUUAUUUGCGAAGAAAAUAAAUACAUACAGUUGACGGAAAGUGCUUUGUUCUGAUACAAUUGUGACACACAUUGUGGCGAAAUUCACCUGCGAGGACCUGAUACAAAGGAUAGGGCAGCAUGAUUGCUUUGCUACUCCUCCUUCCUCACUUAUUUAUUGGAAGUGGUCCCGGGCCCUGACUACUCCGACGUUCCAAGUGUUAAUCUCUCUCUCUGGUCCCUUUUUCUCUCUCCAAUCUGAACGCACCACCGGAGACUAGGGAGCCAAAACAGAAGAAGCAGUAACGAAAGCAAUUUGAAAUUCCCUUGGUCAUACAAAGGAAAUAAAUCCCUCGACGAGUGGCUCUUUCUCUCCCGUUGUUUAAUAGUUGUUCCAUCCCCAUCAUCAGCCAAAGAAAUGGAUGGACCAUGGAUGCUAUAGAAUCAUCUAACUGGAUGAUCUGAUCACAGAAAAGAAUGUAGCAAUGAAUUUAGAGGAGACGAUUAAACUACAGAAAAUGUUUAGGCAAUCUACAAUUAUGAAGUGGAGAGUGUCUAUAAAUAGCGCUUACUUGUGAUAUUUUAUCGUUUUAAAUAUUGCAUUUUCCUAUUUCUAAUACGCACGUUUGGAUUCUGCAGAGUGGAAUUUAUGUGGCUGAUUGCUUGUGGGUGAUGACUCUUGAAUUUUAAGUAUCUGUGAGCUGGGGUAUUCGCAUGCAUACGCUUCACCUCGUGGUUAUACUUUAUUGCCAGCUCGUUGACUGACCUGUCGGAUGAAAACAGUUGAAGAGUUUGAAUUUCAGUGGAAUGAUGUUUCUGAAUAUUAUCAAAUAUUGCUGAUCGUCAUUAUCAUCAUAUUCGCAUUACAACAUUCGUCCAACGCUACCCCCAUCAUUACUUAUUUUAUGUCCCGGUGACUGCAGAUUCGUCGAUCCAACUUGUUUCUGCUUCUUGCUGUGAUCCACUCCUUCCCCACUUUUGAUAAUCAUUGCAAGGAAUCGCUGACAGGUCUUGCAACAAAAUAAUAAAAUACUGGUGUACAGCAACAAUAUUCAAAUGGCAAUCUGAAGGUUAUUAUUCCGACGCUGCCGCAUCAUUUCAGUUUGGAGUUCAACGUUUUAUGAAGAGCAAUUCUUGGCAGAGGGAAAGAUAUAAUACAAACGAGUCACCGAAGGGUAUAAUUUGCAGUGAUUUGCACUUUGUUUGCAGAUUAAUUGCCUUCAAGUGCAAUUACUAUUUCGGAACAACGCAUUGAUUAUGUAAAGUAAAACAAAUAAGGGAACACAGCCGUUGAUAUGAUGCUGAUGAUGAUGCGGGGUGAAUGAUUGUGCAUGUUGUGUUGGUGUAGUAGUAGUACUCGUGAAGACGAAAACAAUGAACAGAUUUUACCAUAAAGGUCCUAAUUGUGGUCCACCAUAACGCUAUUUUGUGUGCCUUACGGGUUGUUUGUGGUGAAUAUUUGUUACAUACAUGCUGCAACUACAUUGUACACGUAAACGUAUAUAUUCAGCCCACGGCAGUCUUUGUUCUUCCCAGCCAGCAGUAAGGAAUUAAUGGAUGACUUCAGGUUGAAUUACACAAAUGCAACGGAAUGGUUUUAUGAAAGGCAUGAGGGUGAAGAGGAUGAAAAGGAGGCGCAACAAGAGCUAAACGAGAAGGCGAGAAAUGACCAAGAUGACGCCAUAAUAAAGGACGAGAGAAGCGAUCCAAGUAAUUCAAACUUUGAAAAUGAGCAAGAUUUGGAACUGUUGGACGUUUACCCGUUGACGUUGCCUUUCCGAGUGGGCAGAAUAAUCAAGAAAAUGGCCCCGGUGACAACCUUCUGUGCCACGAUCCCAAAUAACAAUCACAAUUUAGUGUUAAAUAAUCUCAACCGAACCAAGAGCUUGGAUAAUCUCAACUUUGAGGAAAAGAGACAACUGAUUAGUUCCACGCUGUCUCUUGCCGAUAUUCUGACUCAAGUCAAAACCAAACCACUAAAUGGAAUUGGACCAAGAUCGUCGAGCGUGGGACCUCCAAGUUCCCGGAGUCCUCCUCCACCAAGGAAAAGCAAAUUCUCCAGUUUUGGACGACUCUUUAAGCCAUGGAAGUGGAAGAGGAAGAAGAAGUCGGAUAAAUUCGAGGCUGCUUCCAGAUCCUUGGAACGAAAAAUGUCAGUCCGAGCAAACCGAUCAGAUCUAGUUCUGAAAGGGAUUCUGCCUCCUGACAUUCCAAAUGUGUUGCCAGCUACCGAUAAUACGGAUGCUAGCUGGAACUGUGAUGGGGCUAAAGGCGAAAACGGAGUAUCACUCGUGUCGCCAAUUCAUCUCAAUAACCAUACGACGUUAACCACCUUUGGGUCUCAUCAUCAUGGCCAUUUAAUACACAGUUCAGUCCCAGGACACGGAGUAGAAAAUUCGACUUCGGAUGGCAGUGGAAGAUGUUCGUCACCAAAUCACACAAAAAAUGGUUACCUCAACUCUUCAUCACAAAUAGUAUCAUCAUCAUCGUCAUCAUCUCACUACCAACCUAAUAAUAUCAUUCAUCAAAGUCAAAACAACUUGACCACGUUCUCUUCUUCCUCCUCCAGUUCAACGGUCAAUAUCACAACGACCGCUUCUAAUUCUGCUCAGCAAGAUAGUACAGAUCGGUCAAAGUCAAUACAGUCACACGGCCUGAUUAAUCAUGGUGGAAAGGGAACGGCAGCUGCCUUCUACCACCAGACUGAUAAUCAACAUUAUCCUCCCAAGGGUAACAACGGACUCCUACCAUUUUCCCUAUCCGAGUUACCCGAACCACCGAUCCCAGUGUCUGAAAUUGGGCCAAUUCCUCCACCCCCAAUGUUCAGUACGCCCUCACCAUUGCCUCCUCAAAGAAGUACACAGUUCCAGCAACAAAGAGAGCAAAUGGCUCAGCAAAGGGAAAGGGAGCAAAAUCUUGCUGCUGCAAUUGCAAUGGUUGUGCAAAAUGCAAGAAAUAAUAUAGACAUGUACAAUCCUGAGUCGCAUGAAGCAGAUGUAGAUGGGAGUGAUUCCGACGAAGAGGAAUUACUAGAAGCAAACAUGAACUAUCUUAGGCUAGGAUCUGAUGUAGAUACGAAUCGAGUUGACGAAAUCCCUGCAAAGGAGCCUAAGCUUCAUGCAUUGCCUAUCAAGUCAGCUCUGAAAAAGAAAGUAGGUUUUCCUGGACAAGCCAAUGGGUCUGGUUCGUCAACUCCCACUCAAGAGUCCAGCAAGACUGUGGGGAUUAAAGAACAUUCCAAACGACAGCCUCUGAGGAUAAUAUUUGGCUCUCGUCCUAUCCGAUUUGGUGUCAGUUUGCCAUACAGAGAACGAGAGGAAAACAAAGAGAAUUCAAAGCCCAAAGAAGUUGUCCGAGUGGCUGUGAAUGAUGAUGAUGACGACGACUCAGACUCAGAAGAAGGGCCAGUUUUAUACAAGGACGAAGAUAAUGAUGACAACCCAGGGGACGCCAGUACGCUAGCAGCGAAAAUCGCGAGAAAGGAUAGUCUUGCGUUGAAAUUGUCUUUAAGACCGGACCGAGAUGAGCUAAUAGCUAGAAACAUUAUUCGCGUUGUCUCUGAAAAAGAGCAACAAGAGACGAAAGAAUCAAUUGGUGCCAAAUUAACUCGACGACUAAGCAUGAGACCCUCCCCCGAGGAGCUGGAAGAACGCAAUAUUCUCAGAAAACAAACUCCAGAAGAAGCAAAAAAAUUAAAGGAGGAGAAGAAACGCAUGUUGUUACGUAAAUUAAGCUUUAGACCAACGAUUGAUGAACUAAAAGAGAAAAAGAUUAUACGCUUCAAUGAUUACAUCGAGGUUACUCAAGCACAAGACUAUGAUCGAAGAGCUGAUAAACCUUGGACAAGACUAACGCCAAAAGAUAAAGCAGCAAUUCGCAAAGAGUUGAAUGAAUUCAAAAGCACAGAGAUGGACGUCCAUCAAGAAAGUCGUCAUCUUAUUCGCUUCCACAGGCCAUAAUAAUGGCAUAAGUUUAUUUACACCACUACAACUUAGUAUAUAUGAGAUUUGUUUUAUCUCCACCCUCGAUGUUCAUUUCUCGCUUCCAUACCAUCAUACAAGGAAUUUAGUAGAAAUUUUUAAUGGCAAGGAUUUUUUCGUACUCGUUUCGUAUUGUAGGAGAGCUGAGAGAUGUUGUCCGACUGAACUUUACAAUAUUGUGCUUUGUAUGUAAUAUAAUAAUAGGAUAGGUCUGUAAUAGGACACACUUGUCCCGUUGUCCCACCGUUCGUUCCUCCUACAUUCUUGAAUCUAUUACAGCUACUCCACAAUCUGACACCAGCACAUUGUCCCCAUUAACAAAAACCAUAUAAAUUAAUCGUCGAAUCAUAUUAUGUGGAGUAUGUUGAAGUUUGCUCAAACUGAAUUUCAACCUCGAGAAGGGCUUGUUUUAAAUUCUAUUUAGGGCAAAUAAAUGUAUCUCAAUUUUUUGUUCGCUAACACCCAAGGUUUUAAUUGUGGUAAGAGGAGUUGUCUCAGACGUUCUCCAGUUGUCCCUUAGACAAGAUCUUUCGUUUUGUAUGCUAUGAAUUUGAAAAAAAGAGUAACAACUGCAGCGUGUUUGACCACUGUCAAAAGUGGUCACACGGCAAAUAUAAAAUAUAUAUCAUAAUCGUAGCAACGUAGGGAUUAUGGGUUAGGAAAUGACCGAGGUUUUCUAUCUGUGAUUUUAUCCAUAAUAUAUAGUAGCCGUUUACUUGUUGCAUGCAAUAUUUUAUAGCGGUCUGUGUUGGAAACUUUUCACUUGAGGGUUGUAUGGUUGUCUAAUUAUACGUUUUUAUCAUGUACCAACCGCUUGUAAUUAAAACAAAAUGACAAUUUUAACUGCUCUGGUGUAAUAACAAUAUUGAUUAUAAAAAUAGAAUAUAUAAUUUUUGAUUACUUUGGACUUUCAAAUACUAAAUGAACUAGAUUUUAUUUAACGCAACAAAAGACAGUUGGAACUAUAAAAGAAUAUCACUUAAAAGAUAAUCAAUGCAAUAAUUAACUUGCUUGGACUGUCAAACUUUUAGGUAGAAGAACUCGCUUGAAAUGAGAUUUGCGAAAAUUCUGAACUUGUACGAAGUGUCCUCCGACUACUUCCUCAGUAUUACCUACGGAGUAGGUAAUAUUAUAAAAUCAAGAAUCAUAGCAGUGAUGUUGACUCUGUUAAAACCGCUUAAUACUUACGUAAUACGCAAAAGCUGAACUUUCUUUGUUUAAUAUGAGUUACUGCCAUUGCAAUGAACAAAUUAAUAAUGCAAAUAGUAUUUAUCAACCAACUAAUUAAAUUGUAAAGAUACACAAUAAUUUAUUAUAAUAAUAGUCGAUCCUCAACGAUUUACAAAGUAUGAUUUUUUGUAUGUUAUAAUAUUGAUGAUGAUGAACAUGUUACAAACAAAAAAGAAGAGAUGAAUAAAUAUGAAUGAUAUUGUGCCUAUCAUUAUUACUGCAAAGGA